AUACAAUACGAGGAAAACUAGCCGUUAGAAGCAGGAGAAACUAACGCCAAAACAGUGAAGGACCUUAACUCUGCCUGCUUUUGUAUCUCCCUUAUCUCCUCCCUCACAUUGCUCCCUAACAGACCAAACUUUCCCCUCAUUGUUCAGGAGAGGAGAGCACGGACAUUCUUAGAAACUCUCUUCAGUUCUUUCAACUUUUUUUUUUUGUUUCUUGAACUUGUUCAUGGAAAAUACUUGUCACUUCCGCGACAAGUACUUCUUUUACACACACUUGUGCUUGUUUCUACUGGUUUUUUUGCCCCAAUUUGCUUCAAGCCAAAAAUGGGAUGGUGUAAUGGUCACCCGAGCAGAUUAUCAAGCUCUUCGAGCUAUAAGGAAUGAACUAAUCGACUUCAAAGGGUUUUUACGAAGCUGGAAUGGUAGUGGAUAUGGAGCUUGCUCUGGUCGGUGGGCAGGAAUCAAAUGUGUCAAAGGACAAGUUAUUGCUAUCCAGCUUCCUUGGAAAGGACUAGGUGGCAGAAUCUCUGAGAAGAUUGGCCAGCUUCAAGCACUCAGAAAGAUUAGUUUGCAUGAUAAUGUACUUGGUGGUACUGUCCCUAGGUCUCUUGGUUUGCUUCACAAUCUUAGAGGGGUUUACCUCUUCAACAACCGACUUUCGGGUUCUAUCCCUCCUUCCAUUGGUAACUGUCCUGUUCUCCAGACUCUUGAUGUAAGUAACAAUUCUCUCACUGGCACAAUUCCUCCUAGUCUUGCGAAUUCUACAAGGUUAUAUAGACUUAAUCUGAGCUUUAAUUCAUUAAUGGGGUCGAUCCCAGUUAGUCUUACUCAGUCCCCUUCUCUCAUCGUUCUUGCUCUCCAACACAACCACCUCUCUGGGUCAAUCCCGGAUACUUGGGGGAGAGAAGGAAACUAUUCUUAUCACCUUCAGUUCUUGAUCCUUGAUCAUAACCUCAUUUCUGGAACUAUUCCUGUUAGUCUUAACAAGUUGGCUUUACUUCAAGAGAUUUCUCUUAGUCAUAAUCAGCUUUCCGGGGCCAUACCCAAUGAAAUGGGGAGUCUCUCAAGGCUUCAAAAGCUUGAUUUUUCGAACAAUGCUUUCAAUGGAAGCAUUCCAUCUAGCUUCUCCAAUCUUACCUCUUUAGCCUCACUGAAUCUAGAGGGAAACCGUCUCGACAAUCAGAUCCCAGAUGGUUUUGAUAGAUUACACAACCUCACAGUUCUAAACCUGAAAAAUAAUCAGUUCAUAGGCCCCAUCCCAGCUUCUAUUGGAAACAUUUCCAGUAUCAAUCAGCUUGAUUUAGCCCAAAAUAAUUUUAGUGGAGAAAUUCCAGCUUCUCUUGUUCGCCUAGCCACUCUCACUUACUUCAAUGUUUCUUAUAACAAUCUUUCUGGUUCUGUUCCCUCAUCCCUUGCUAAGAAGUUCAAUUCAAGCUCUUUUGUGGGAAAUCUUCAGCUAUGUGGCUACAGCAUUUCAACCCCAUGUCUUUCACCCCCACCUGUAGUUCUUCCAACUCCAACAAAAGAAGAACCAAAACGUCAUCGCCGAAAAUUUAGCACUAAAGACAUUAUUCUCAUAGCAGCUGGUGUCCUCUUAGUUGUGCUGCUUCUUCUCUGCUUCAUUCUGCUAUGUUGUUUGAUGAAGAAAAGGUCUGCUUCAAAAGGAAAGCAUGGUAAAACUAGUAUGCGGGGGCUCCCAGGGAAAAGUGAGAAGACAGGUGCUGUGGCAGGUCCUGAAGUUGAAUCUGGAGGUGAAAUGGGUGGGAAAUUAGUCCACUUUGAUGGGCAAUUUGUGUUUACAGCAGAUGAUUUGUUGUGUGCAACUGCGGAGAUAAUGGGGAAGAGUAGUUAUGGAACAGCUUACAAGGCAACAUUAGAGGAUGGCAAACAAGUUGCAGUGAAAAGGUUGAGGGAGAAGACUACAAAGGGGCAGAUGGAGUUUGAAACAGAGGCUGCUGCUCUCGGUAAGAUUCGGCACCCGAAUCUCUUGGCACUGAGGGCCUAUUAUUUGGGUCCCAAAGGAGAGAAGCUUCUUGUUUUUGACUAUAUGCCCAUAGGGAGUCUUGCAUCCUACCUCCAUGCUCGUGGGCCUGAAAUCGCUGUCGAUUGGCCAACAAGGAUGAACAUAGCCAUUGGUGUUGCGCGUGGACUAAACCAUCUCCACACCCAGCAGGAGAUCAUUCAUGGGAAUCUCACAUCAAGCAACAUAUUACUCGACGAGCAAACUAAUGCUCACAUUGCGGACUUUGGCCUCUCCAGGCUCAUGACUACUGCUGCCAACACCAACGUGAUUUCCACUGUUGGAACACUUGGCUAUCGUGCACCAGAGCUCUCAAAACUCAAGAAUGCCAACACAAAGACUGAUGUCUACAGCCUUGGAGUGAUCAUUUUGGAGCUUCUGACCGGGAAAUCACCAGGUGAACCAAUGAAUGGCAUGGAUUUGCCCCAAUGGGUUGCAUCCAUUGUGAAGGAGGAGUGGACUAAUGAAAUCUUUGAUUUAGAGCUCGUGAGGGAUUCACAAACUAUAGGUGAUGAGUUACUUAACACAUUGAAAUUAGCUCUGCAUUGUGUUGAUCCCACACCAACUGCUCGUCCUGAAGCCGAAGAAGUUGUUCAGCAACUUGAGGAGAUUAAGCCAGAGCUAGCUGCUGCUCCUGCUGAUGAUGGAGGCAAAGUACCAACGACUGAGUAGAGAGUGUCGUAUAUUUUUUGUAUGUGCUAGAAAUAAUGUUUUGUUUCUUUUUUUUGGUUGGUUUACAAGGUUUAUCAUAGGAGGGUAGUUCUCAAAUUCUUUAACAGUUCUCAAAUUCUUUAAUUCUUAUAUUCUUGGUUACCAUAAGUAAAUACAAGUUAGUGAGUUCUGUUGGAAA